AUGGAGGAUCACAACUUCGACAGUGUUGCAGACAGAACACUGAACCAUAUCGCGCACCGUCUGAAGCACAUCUUCUCGCAGAACCCUGGAUUCUCCACCAGCCUUAAGGAUGACAUCCUGGCUGUCAGCAUGGCGGAUGGGGGCCACCUCGUCAUCUCCAAGCAGGCUGGAAAAAACUCCCUCAAAGUGGACACAAAAUUCACCGACCUGUGCGAGCCUGCCCACCCGCAAGACGUUGUCCACUUCAAGCUGGAUGACCACGGUCGAUGGAUCUCUGGCAAGGAGGAGCUCAUCUGUUACCUGGAGGAUGGUUUUUCAAGAUACUUGCAGGCGAGUCAGUCAGUGAUGCUGGUGGAUCUGGAAGAGGAAACCGACCACUGA